AGAAUGUUGUAAUUCCACUCGUUCAUUACUAUUCUUAUUGAGUCGUCGUUUACUUUGUAUUUUGUAAGAACAUAACUAGGGAAGAAACGUCUUUAUACUUUAUAAGAUAUAAACAAAGAACUCGAUUAAUAAAAUCAACUCGAUAAAACUUCCACAGCGCUACCUGGAAAAGUGAUUCAGAAACAAGUAACGCGUCGAAAUGGAACAAAAACUUCCGCCAUUUUCUAAGUGCUGCUUCACUUUUGUGGGAUUUUCAGAGGAAGAGAAAGCUCGCAUGGAGGAAAAGGCUAUUCAACAUGGAGGGAAAAUCUGCAAUCUUGAAAGUAAGAAGUUUACGCAUAUUGUUGUGAAGGGUAGCGAUAAAGAGAUUCCUCAAGAUGCGUUGGAAGUGAAGAAUGUAAAAAUUGUCAAACAAGAGUUGUUUCGGGCGAGCAUUCAAGACGAUGCACGUGGUGAUUCGGGCUCGUCCCUUCUUAAAAAGCGAAAUAAUCGAAAACGAAGUCGAGAAAAAGAAACAGAAGAUUCUUCUUGUCACCCACCUAAAAAAAAGAGUAAUGAUAUUUUAUCAGAAAGUUCAUACUCAGGCAUGAUUUCUCCGCCAACAAAUGAAUUGGUGUCACAAAAUAGACAUGCUGCACCAGUGAAAGACGUUUCGCCUCCGAAACCCAAGACAAUGCGCGAAAAAGUUGCUUUAGAAUUGUUAAAAAAUGAACAGGACUAUGUGGAAACACUCGAUACAAUUAUGAGUGCUUUGGAACAAAGAGAUGCGACAGAUGGAGCAAUCUUGGCACAAGGGAAAAUCGAUAGAAUACUUGGAAAUUUACCCCAUAUCAAAAAAAUUCAUUAUGAAAUGAUGGUUGAAUUGCAAAAUCUAAUAUCGUCUUGGACAGAAGAUAUGUGUAUUGGAAAUGUGAUUUUGAAACAUGUUGUUGAGCUCAGGAAUGCCUACCCUGAAUAUGUAAAUUCCUUUCAAAUGCGAAAAGAAACUGCUGUGAAAUGUGACAAAGGAAAUCAAAGAUUUAAGGAAUUUCAAAAGAUAUGUCUCAGUCAACCAGAAUUUGGUCGUCAGAAAUUUCCAGAACUUCUUAUCAAACCCGUUCAAAAACUACCGAGCAUGAACCUCAUUUUGAAAAGAUUGCUCAAGGAAACAAGAAAAGCAAACUCAAAUAAUCCAGACAUUGUUCAUCUAGAAAAAGCGAUUGAAGCUCUCGAAAGUGUCCUUACACAUAUUAAUGAAUGUAAAAAAGAGGCUGAUAGUGAAGCCCAAAUGUUCAUUUUGUCUCAAAUCAUGCAAGACAUUGAAAACUGCCCGCAAGACAUUUCAAGUAAUGGUCGGUCUUUUGUUGUAAAAAUAGAUGGAUUCAGAUUAAGUGAUGAAUUUGGUGAAAAAGCACAACCUGUAACAUUGUUUUUGUUCAACGAUAGUCUCGAGGUGACAAAACGCCGCAGUAAAGUCGCAUCUUUCCGAAUGAAAGGUUCAGUUCGCAGAAAGCCUUAUGAACAUUUGAAGUUUAUUCGACUGUCAGAAUUGUGUAAAGUCGUUGACAUCACAGAGCAAGGCGAAAAUCACAAUCUAUUUGGAUUUAUGUAUUCAUCAAGUGAUGAGAAAAACUUUCCAAAAUUUCGUCUCGAAUCAAAUGAAAUCACAAAGGAAGAGUGGUUGGACAAUUUUGUCACUUCCUUAGCUAACGUUGCUUCAGUUGCAAACAGAGACGAGUGUAUUAUCAAAAGGGAUGCUAAUGAAUUGAAAAUAAAGAAGAGUGAUCUAUCCUAGAUGAAAUAGUCAAAAAUUGGUCGAUAUGUCAGUACAUAUGUCAUUACAAUUUAAAAACGUAUGUGUGUAAGUGUUUUAUGACACAGCUAAUGCAUCUUAUGUGAGUACUGGAUCAUCUGGAAUCAUACCAAGUGUAGAUUGUUGUCAGAUAAGGCUAAAUGCUAAAUUAAACUUAUCAUGCGCUUAGUCAUAAA